AUGGCCUCAAUUGUUUUGAAGAGAACCCAACAGAAGGUCAGUGAUACGCGAUUUGUUGCUGUACAGGUAACCAAGUCCACAUGCGCUGACACCGUAUACAACGCGAUCAAAGCGGGGUACCGUCUUCUUGAUGGUGCCGGUGACUACGGAAAUGAGAAAGAGGCAGGUGAGGGUGUGCGCAGAGCCAUUGCGGACGGCCUCGUCAAGCGGGAGGACCUAUGUGACUCACGACUAUGGAACACUUUCCAUGCUCGUGAUCAUGUCAAACAAGCCACCAAGAUGCAACUUGGCCUCUGGGGAAUUGACUACUUUGACUUGUUCCUCAUCCACUUCCCCAUCGCGCUGAAAUAUGUCGAUCCCAGCCACCGCUAUCCCCCUGAGUGGUUCGGUGAUGAUGGCAAGGUCUACACUCAAAACACCCCGAUGCACGAGACCUGGGGUGCGAUGGAGGAGCUCGUUGACGAGAAGCUGGUGAAAAACAUUGGCCUGAGUAACUGCCAGGGGUCUUUAAUCCUCGACGUUCUCCGUUAUGCCAAGUACGAACCCCAGGUAUUGCAGGUUGAGCUGCACCCAUACCUUUCCCAAGAAGCCCUCGUCAAACUUUGCAAGACAUUCAGCAUUGCUGUGACUGCCUACUCGUCGUUCGGGCCCCAAUCCUAUGUCGAACUUGGUAUUGAUAGGGAUACUCCUUCGCUUCUCCAACACGACGUGACUUCUGCUGUAGCUAAGACGCACGGGAAGUCCGCAGCUCAGGUUCUGCUGCGUUGGGCUACGCAACGAGGCAUUGCCGUCAUUCCAAAGUCCAACAAUUUUAGCAGAUUGUCAGAAAACUUGGACUGCAACUCUUUUGACCUCUCGGAAUCCGAGCUUGCAGCCUUGAGUGCACUGAAUAUUAACCUCAGGUUGAAUGACCCCGCUGACAUCGAUAGUCGCUUAGCCAUCUUCGCUUAG